CAGACAAGAACAUGUGUAGAUUGCAAAAGAAGUUUCACGACCUUACGUGGCCUUGCAAAUCAUCUACAGUGUAUACAUAAGUACACAUUUGAACAGGCAAGGGAGGCAACUGGUUAUCCAUCACAUAUUAAAAUAAUAGGUCAAACAAAGAAGGUGUCAAAAUGUGAGAAAUGUUCUGAGGUAUUUCCCACAAUGAAAGAUUUGAAAGCUCAUACAGUUGCAGUACACGGUAUUCCAUGUAAAUUCUGUGAUGCAAGAUUUUUACGUCCAAUUUCACUAAAAAGACAUGGGUUUCGUAAACACAGAGAACAUAUUAAGGAAUUCCAAAUGAUAACAUAUACAUCUGAUAAAGAAAGAACUCCAAAUGAAGCAUGUGAAGGUGAAAACUUCUCCAAGGCUAGUAUGGCUAGGGAAAGUCAAAGUUCGUCAUAUCAGAAGAAAACAAUCAAGUACAAUGUUUUAUUACCAUCUAAGAAAUACACAUGUAAUAGAUGUCCUAAGUCAUCGGUCUGUAGAAAUAAGUUAAUACAUAAAAAUCAUAGAGAAAUAAGACAUAAGAAAAUACUUGUUUCAAAAUUGUUUACAAGCCAACUAGUUUUUAAGAAAAAUAUCUGUCAGAGUUACUCAUUUAUUAAACCUGAGAAAUCAGUUACCAAUGGUGACAUAAAUUUGACCUCUAAUUCAGAAAUAGAGGACAUUGAAAAGAUUUCAGGACCAAAAUUUGCACAGAAACCAAAAGUUGUAGUCGUAAAAGAAAUGGCAUCUUAUGUCACAGGUUUAACACAGGAACCGAAAGUUGUAGUUGUAAAGGAAAUGUCAGCUGAUGUGGUAGGUCUAACACAUUAUUUUAAAGAUGAAAAUAAUUCCAUUGAACCAUUAUCCUACGUGAAGUCAAACAUAAGUGAUGAAUUAACUCUGUUAGAAAAUUCUGCCUUGAAUAGACAAAAUAUUCCAUUGGAUACAAUAAAUAAUGACUUUUUUCGUUCCUUGAAUAAUUCAAGUAUUGUUAAUGAAAAACAGAAAAAGUGUAAGAGAAACCAUUUUACUUGUAUGAAAUGUGGGUUGUCUUUCCCUUAUUACAGCAUGGCUUCAUUGCAUUUAAAGAAGAAACACGGAAGGCAUCAGCUCAGACAAAGAGUCAUUUUCUCAAGAAUAAAAAAACACGUAAAGUUACGUACAGUUCUAUUUUCCAGAGACCCAUUGUUAGAAACAAAUACUUUCAAUUUAUUGUCUGAUGAAAAAAGGCCAACGAAAUGUGAUAUAUGUGACAGGACAUUUUCAUGUGUUGAUACUCUAACCCAUCAUUUGAUCCACUAUCACACUAACAUGACUAAACGGGCAAGGCGAACAUCUAGUAACUUGGGCAAGCAGAGAAUUACCUGUGUACAUUGCAAGACUUCAUUGAAAUAUCCCCGUACCCAUGCAGGUCAUCUUCAGAUUGUUCAUCACUAUACUGUUGAACAGGCAAGGGAGGUAACUGGAUACCCUUCAUUCAUAAAAAAAAUAGUAUACACAAAAAAGCCUACAAAAUGUCAGAAAUGUUCUGUGAUAUUUCCAACAUUGAAAGAGUACAAAGCUCAUGAAUUGCUUGUACACGGUAUUCCAUGUAAAUUUUGUGGCGAGAAGUUUUCACAAUCAUCGACUCUGAAAAGGCAUUGGAUUCAAAAACAUCCAGAAAAUGUUCACGACCUUGAAGAAAUGAAAUCGACAUCUUUAACCAGGACCACUGACGAAGAAGAGAAUAGAAAAGAAGCUGAGAAAAUUUUUGAAUGUGACAGUUGCGAUUUUACAACUAGAAAAUUAAAUCUUUUGUCAUUACACAUCAUGGAAACACAUCCAGAGGUCAAACACUGUUGUUCUGCGUGUGGAUAUUUAUACUGUAGCCAAUAUGAUGUGGAGUCACACAUGGAUGAAUGCAAACGUAAAGCAAAGAAGUAUCAAGGAAAGUGCAGUAUUUGUAAUAGAAUGUUUUAUAAAACAUCAAGUAUGCAGAUCCAUCAGUUCAAGGUUCAUGGCAUACAGCAUCCAAAUAUCAAGGAAUAUAAAUGUGAUUUUGAUGGCUGCAACACCACAACUUACACAUUAGGAAACUAUAAUAACCAUAAGAAAACGCAUACAAAAGAGAAGAAAUAUUCUUGUGAGGAGUGUCAGUAUAAGAAUGCCCACUAUUUUCGUUUAUUGAGACAUGUAAGGAGUGUACACAGACAGUUGAGACCACACUUAUGUGAAAGUUGUGGCAAGGCUUACUCAACCAAAAAAAAUCUAAUUGAACACAUAGCAAACUUUCAUACCAGAGAUAACUACAAGUUCCAGUGUGAAUAUUGUCCAUUCCAGAGUACAACAAAGUUUAGUCUCCAGAAUCACUUAUGGAAUCAACAUAAGGUCAAGAUGGCUGAUGAUGACCGUCAGUACUUCCAAUGUCACCAAUGUACAUACCAGACUCCAAAUAGAAAAACAUUCGCCAAUCAUACGAACAGUCACAAUAACAUCAGGAAUUAUAUCUGUGAUCAAUGUGACGCUAGAUUCGUUACCAUGACUGUAUUAGUAGCUCAUCAGAAGUACAAACAUUCAACAAAGGACCAAGACAAAGUCUGUAGUCAGUGUGGUUAUAGAGCAAAAACUACUAGUUCACUUAACAUGCAUAUACGAGUUCAGCAUCAACUGAAAGGAAUUAAGCCAUAUAAAUGUGACUAUUGUGAUUUCAGGUGUGCCACCGGUGGCAACUGUCGCAAACACAUCAUGGGCAAGCAUAAAGGAUUACCUGUACAUUACACCUGUGACAAGGAAUAUCUGGAAAAGGCCAGAAAUGCACGGAAGGCAGGAAACACUAAUCAAUUGUUUGAGUAGACUGUGGGAAGGAUUUAUGCAACACUUUUAUGAGGUUCUGGAUGGGGGUCUGCAUUUCUAUAUUUAUAUGCCCCACCUAUGAUAGUAGAGGGGCAUUAUGUUUUUCGGUCUGGUUGUCUCCGUCCGUCAGUC